AUGUCCCCCCUCUCCGCACGCAACUUCACCCUCCUCACACCGCACCCGCACACCAUCACGCUGCCGGACAACGUCGGCACGCUCACAUGCUACAGCUACGAGCUAGAGCCAGUCUUCAAGCGGUGCUGUGCGGGGCCCGGCGCGGCGUAUGUGUCGCAACCAGCAGCAGACUUCAACAAGACAGCGGCCGCCGUGCACGUGAACAACAACCUCACCGAGCAUGGGGCCACGAUCGGCAUCUGCACCGUCCAGCGCAGCGUCAAUGCGUCCACGCCGGCAAUCAUCGCCGACUGCGUCAUGGGCGCGCUGAACCAGAGCGGCAACUACACCACCAUUCCGGCGAUGUAUGCCCUGCCGCCAGGGCGGUGGUGGUGCGAGGCAAAUGUGCGCUCUGAAACGAUAGCUGCGAAGGCUACGAACGGGGCUGGCGGCACGGAGAGAAGGAAAUGCGGCGCGGCGGUGCUCGUCGUCGUGCUCGCUGCUAUUGCUGUGACGUUGUAG